GCAACUAUUGGAAGCAGCUGGCGGAACAGGAUCUGGGGAAGGAGUUUGGAGCCCUGGGUUAGCUGGUUGGUAGCUCUGAGCCCACGGUGUGGUGUGAAGCUAUGGAUCAUGAGCGGAGGCGGGGAGCUGCACUGCUAAGGCUGUUACACCUGCUGUGGCUGCUGCCCUACUCCCGGACCGCCCCUGAAGGUCCUACUCCAGCGUGGCAGGAUGAACUGCAAAACCACACAUUCCAGCACACAAUGUACUGCCAGAACUGGAGUCCCAGCAUCGGCCUCUCGGAAGCCUAUGACGGGGACCAGCUCUUCUCCUUCGACUUUUCGCAGAACACCCGAGUGCCUCGCCUGCCUGAAUUUGCUGACUGGGCUCAGAAGCCAGGAGAUACUUCCACCAUUUUCUUUGACAAAGCGUUCUGCCAGUCUAUGAUCCAGGAAAUAGGACCACAUCUCGAAGGGCAAAUCCCUGUGUCCAGAGGGUUUCCUAUUGUUGAUGUGUUCACACUGAAGCCCCUGGAGUUUGGCAAGCCCAACACGCUGGUCUGUUUUGUCAGUAAUCUCUUCCCACCCACGUUGACCGUGAACUGGCGGCAUCACUUGGACCCUGUGGAAGGAAUCGGGCCCACUUUUGUGUCCGCGGUUGAUGAACUCAGCUUCCAGGCCUUUUCUUACUUAAACUUCACACCAGCACCCUCUGAUCUUUUCUCCUGCAUCGUGACUCAUGAGAUUGACAGCCACACAGUAGUUGCCUAUUGGGUGCCUCAUAAUGCGCUGCCUUCUGAUCUUCUGGAGAAUGUGCUGUGUGGUGUGGCCUUUGGCCUGGGUGUGCUGGGCAUCAUUGUUGGCUUAGUCCUCAUCAUCUACUUCCGGAAGCCUUGCUCAGUGUAUUCAAGCUCCUGAAGCGAAGUGAGAACAGCCUGGAAGGGCCCACAAUUCACGUGUUCCUCCAAAUGACUUCUUGUUGGGCUGGAGUGGAUUAUCCAAGGAGAACCCGUGGUGGUGUGCCCUGAGCAGAAGCGAGGGUAGGGGUCACCUGACUACUGCUGGUAAAUUACUUUGCAUAUGCGUUGUGUCUUGCCUUCCUGAGGGUUUGGGAAUUGCUUUGGAGGAGGGGGUGGUGUUCAAGUCAAGAGUGAAAUAUUUUGGUAUUGGUGAGAGAGCCUCUGUUCUUCACAUUGUACCAGAAUCGAAUCUAAGGGGAAAGAUCCAGUUCCCAGGAGCUGGCACCUCCUCUAAACCAUCUCAUUUCUUUCUUU